CCAAGUCUCCUCAACUUUGCUUCUCGCAAUGUAUUCUUGCCGAGAGAGCGAGCAACCUUUGGAGACUGGUGCCAUUGUACAGAGGCAACCAAACUUUGAGGAACACUUGAGCACGUUGAGACUUGAGCUUGAACAAGGUCUUCAAGAAGUCAGAUGGUGGAUGAAAGACGUGCAAUGCAAAAUGACUAGCCUCGAAGACUCCCAGUCUUCUCAAGGUGCAAUUCUACAAGAUGUCCACUCCCUCCUUCGCAGUAUUUUCCAGCCUUCCUUCCCAAGGAAAGAAGACGCUCCUGCAGAAAGUUUCGUGCCGCUGGAAGAUCCACCUCUCCUUUGCUUUCCGAGCCAGCCAGGCCAGUUGUGCCAGGAUGAGGUGGUACCGGUACCGAUAUGUGCACGCCGUGACUCCUCAGAUUCCUCAGGGAGGUCGACAGAGUCGACAGGACGGAAAGUAAAGGAUUCGAAGCAUCGGAGAAAGACCAACCGGACCAACCCCCCAAAAGCCAAGGGUCGGGUUUCACACGCCUCCACUCUGGAUGAAUUGGAAGCACAGACAGCCAAGGACCUUUUGGUCAGGAAACAGAGCAGCCACACUCUUCAAUCCAUUCAAGAAGCCAAAGAGGCUUCUUUGGACGAGUCUGACCAUUUUGAAGAAAAUGAAUAUACACGUGCUUCUUCAGCAGUCUCCAAGUCAAGAACCAAUUCCAAGUCAAAAAGAGUAGGUGCCAACAAAACCUCCGGAUCAGACAAAAAUGCAAUUCUCGGCAAGUGUCAACGCAUGUCUUUAGAUGAACUGCGUGAAAACCACGAUGCUGCUAUGUGUGUAAAUCAAUCCUACUCAAACAAGACCGCCCAAGAACGAGAGUCUACACAGGUAUCAAGGACCUCAAGCUCCAUGCCACCUGCGGCCAAACUUUGGCUCCAGCUUCUAUGUAUCCUACCUUUGCAGUAUCGUUGGCUUGGGCAUUUUUGGACGCUCUGUGUCUUUUUGAUCCUGCUUGCGCCAACAACUCUGUUAGCUUGGUUGUUAGUGGAAGACGUUCACACCAUCAUGACGUCAACCGUACUUUGCUACUUGGUGGGAGUGAUCGCUGCGACCUGGAGCUUGCGAAGAGCCAAUAUCCAAGAAUUGCUGGGAUCUUCCGAAGGCAGCAUGGAACAGUAUGCGUUUGUGUGCGGGUUUUCGCAAGACUGGAGGAAGGUCUCCAGGAGGCGUUUCGAGGAAGUCUUGGCUUUCCUGUUUCUUAUCCUUGGUUGUCGCUGGCUUGUCCACCUGUCCGAAGUGCAACAUAGCUUUGAGCCGAGCCUCACGUUUUCAAUUAUGGCCGUUGGCUUUGCAGCAGUAGCUUACGCACAAUUGCAUAUGGUGGCAGGACUUGAAUUAGCCAUUGACAGCUUUUCAAUCAACUUCUUCCGUGAUAUGGACUGUGGAAGAGCUCUGGAAGAAUGGAAUGUCCUGCAAGCAACCUUACGGCAGAUCUCUACGAAACUGAGCGGAUCAAUGCUUGUGCUCGGCAUAUCAUGUGGCGCAUCUAUGCUCUUUUUGGUUGAGAUUGCAUUCUUGCAAAGCGAUGAGAAUCGUUUCAUUCCAGAAGAUCUGAACGGCGGCUUUCCACUCUUGCUGUUUACAGCUUGGGUCUUUCCCCCGGUACUCCUGUUCUUGUAUGUUCUCAUGCGAGCAGCAGGAGUCACGGAGAAAGCCAGUCGUGUAGCUCCCUUGGUAAACUCUUGGAAUCUGGAGGCUACCAAUGCGGAUGACGCGGAUGAUGCGGAUGCGUCAAGUUCCCCUGACUGGAUGGACUUGGGUCGGCAGUACAUUGUCCAGUACAUCAAGCAAAGCGAGACCGGUUUCUACAUGCAUGGAGUGAGACUUCAUGGGUUUCAAGUCACAAAGUUGGGUUACUACUUUGGAGCUUUUGUCUUUGCGAUUAUAUCAAAAAUAAUAGGCUGAGGAGUCUACUAUUGAUGAUCAGAUUUCAAUUGCAUGGAUGGGGGCUAUAUUGGAUCUUUUUUGAGUGGUCCAGCCCUUUGUAUUCGCUGAAUUCGGGUGUUCCAAGGCCGCGAUUUCUAGGCAAUUCUAGGCUGUACCGCCGUACCAGUUUUAUCUGCCUGGGUUCUCAUCCCAUUAGCAGAGCUCUUGAAAAGGGUUCAGGCGCUUGUCGCUUGACCAAAUGUGCGUUUGUACAGAGGAUUGAUAGACAUCCAUGUUCGAGCCAAACUCAUUUGAAGAAUGAAAGAACGGACUUGAAAUGGAGGGGACUCGAUCCGCCCUAUGGAAAA